AAGCAAAAUCUUCCGGAGGGCGAAUUCGACGUUCGCAUCAACUUCCCGUUCGCUUGGUCGGAUUUCCAUCGGUCACCGAUCGGUUUCUGACGUCGUAAUCAUCAACACCUACGCAUGCAUACGAAGGUUUGAUUUGCCCUCGAAGAAGUUGAAGUUGAGGAAGUCACGAAGCGUUCCGGUUCCGCAUAGACGAUGAAGUGGCUUUGAUUGUCCGGAGGAUUCGAUUGCAGUUUGCUCACCAGUCAUGCUAAGAGCAGCAUCUUCUCCUGCGAGAGCCGCGGUUCGGGGAUUCUCUAGGUCUCUGAUUUGCGGGGAUUCUUUCAUCUGCUCUAGUUUCCUUGCUCAGCAUGUUUCAAAUACUUCAUCAUUGCCUGGAGAUCAUAUAUUCGUGAGGUCACAUGCUCACAUCAGAGAGAGCAGCAGGACAGUGAGGCUUCUCCAAGAACGAAUUUUCUUUUCCCUUUCAGUACGUCCUCCGCAAGUAUGGAGAUUAUGUACUCAUGAAGGUUGUGUCAUUGCUGACCAACUGCUACAUGCUAGACAUGUGAGCACUGCAUCAUUUGAGUUGCAGACAGAUAAAGAUGUUGUCCGGUUUGCUAUUAAUAAGCCUCUGCAUAAAAAUGGUCCCCCAACAAAAGUGAAGAAGCGGAUAAAAAAGUCAAAAAAGGCGAAAGUGAACGAACUCAGGUUCUAUCGGCUAAAGGCCAAGAAGAAGAUGAACUCUCCCAAUCCUGAAGUCAGGAUCAGAUAUAAACUUGAAAAGGCCAAGAGAAAGGAGGAAUGGUUGAUUGAAAAGUUGAGGAAGUUCGAGGUUCCCAAAGCACCAGCUGAAAGAUAUGAUCCUGAGAUUUUAACUGAGGAAGAGAAACAUUACUUGAAGCGUACGGGUGAGAAAAAGAAAAACUAUGUUCCUGUUGGAAGACGCGGAGUAUUUGGAGGUGUAGUUCUAAACAUGCAUCUACAUUGGAAAAAGCAUGAAACUGUAAAGGUUAUAUGCAAACCUUGCAGGCCAGGUCAGGUUCAUGAAUAUGCUGAUGAACUUGCACGACUAAGCAAAGGAAUUGUGAUUGACAUAAAGCCUAAUAAUACAAUAGUCUUCUACCGAGGAAAGAACUAUGUGCAGCCAAAGGUUAUGUCACCUCCAGAUACUCUUUCUAAAGAAAAGGCCUUGGAAAAGUAUAAGUUUGAGCAAUCGCUUGAGCACACAAGUCAGUUCAUUGAGAGGUUGGAGAAAGAGCUCGAAGAGUAUCAUGAUCACCUUGCCAGGUUCAAGAAAGAGAAAGAGGGUGCUCUCGUUCAUUCUGGGGAUCUAAAUUGAUGGUAAGUGCAAGUAUCAUGAUGGUUUCAGCUCCCGGGUUGGGCAGUUAUGGAAGUGCUUUACUGUGAUGAACUGGUCAAUGGGAACUUCCCUAGUCCACGGUAUCUGCAGUUUUGAUUUUAUAAGAAGAAGACAUGAGUAAAGCAAGUCUGCUGCAUUUUAAUCAGUAAAGGGAGGGAGCGGGAGACAUGGAGGGAGAGAGAGGCAAAGAGAGAGAAGUUUUCCAGUGCUAGGCUUGAGAAAAAGCAAAGUACUUACGCUGGAAAUUCUGGUACACCAUUUGAUAUAUUCUAGUCACAAGCUUUGGCACUAAAAGCAGCCCUAUGGGCUCUGCAAUUUUGUGACAGGAAAUUCUUGCUAUAAAUUCCAUUGAACUUUGUUUUUUCUUGUCCAU